CCGCCGAAAGUUGCGCUCCGGGAGCGCGGCGGGGGCGGCGGCGGCUCCGUCCCCGCUCCCUCCUCUCCAUCCCCUCCAUCCCCGCUCCUCGCCCCGAUGCGGCGGAAGCAGAAGCGGCUGCUGCAGGCGGUGGGGCUGGCGCUGGCCGCCCUGGUGUUCCUGCCCAACGUGGGGCUGUGGUCCCUGUACCGCGAGCGGCAGCCGGAGGGCGGCGCGGACGGGGCGGCCGCGGCGGGGGCAGCGGCGGGCGAGGCUCCGGCAUCGUACGUGAGGCAAAAGAAAGAUGCUUACUUUGCUGAUGGGCAAAGGAAAAAGGACUGGCAUAACAACGAAGCUAUAAGGAGGGACUCUGAGCGUGUAGGAAAUGGAGAACAGGGAAAACCUUACCCGAUGACUGAUGCAGAGCGAGUGGACCAGGCAUACCGGGAAAACGGCUUUAAUAUCUUUGUGAGUGACAAAAUUUCUCUGAAUCGUUCCCUUCCGGACAUCAGGCACCCAAACUGCAAAAAUAAGCUGUACCUGGAGAAGCUUCCGAACACGAGUGUGAUAAUUCCAUUCCACAACGAAGGAUGGUCCUCUCUGCUCCGGACAGUGCACAGUGUCCUCAACCGCUCCCCUCCUGAGCUGAUAGCAGAGAUAGUGCUGGUGGAUGACUUCAGUGACAGAGAACACCUGAAGAAACGCCUGGAGGAUUACAUGGCCCAGUUCCCAAAUGUACGAAUCCUGCGAACCAAAAAGAGGGAAGGGCUGAUCAGGACUCGCAUGCUGGGGGCCUCUGUGGCCAUAGGGGACGUCAUCACCUUCCUGGAUUCCCACUGCGAGGCCAACGUGAACUGGCUGCCACCCCUGUUAGAUCGCAUUGCCCGAAACCGCAAGACUAUCGUUUGCCCCAUGAUCGAUGUUAUUGAUCACGACCACUUCGGAUAUGAGACUCAGGCUGGAGACGCAAUGCGGGGUGCAUUUGACUGGGAGAUGUAUUACAAGAGGAUCCCCAUUCCUCCUGAGUUACAGAAACCUGAUCCCAGCGAUCCCUUUGAGUCUCCUGUAAUGGCUGGAGGACUGUUUGCAGUCGACAGAAAGUGGUUCUGGGAGCUGGGAGGGUAUGAUGCAGGUCUGGAGAUAUGGGGAGGAGAGCAGUAUGAAAUAUCCUUUAAGGUAUGGAUGUGUGGAGGUCGCAUGGAGGACAUCCCUUGCUCUAGGGUUGGUCAUAUCUACAGGAAAUAUGUUCCAUACAAGGUUCCCACAGGAGUCAGCCUGGCAAGAAACCUGAAGCGGGUGGCUGAGGUGUGGAUGGAUGAGUACGCCGAGUACAUUUACCAGCGCAGACCCGAGUACCGGCACCUCUCUGCGGGGGACGUGGCGGCCCAGAAGGAGCUUCGCAACAACCUCAACUGCAAAAGCUUCAAGUGGUUCAUGAGCGAGGUCGCCUGGGACUUGCCGAAGUUCUACCCACCAGUGGAGCCUCCAGCAGCUGCCUGGGGAGAGAUACGCAAUGUCGGAACUGGACUGUGUGUGGAUACUAAGCAUGGAGCCCUGGGAUCCCCUCUGAGGCUGGAAAACUGCGUGAAGGACAGAGGAGAGGCAGCAUGGAACAACGUGCAGGUAUUCACCUUCAGCUGGAGAGAGGACAUCCGUCCCGGGGAUCCUCAGCACACCAAGAAGUUUUGUUUUGAUGCCAUUUCCCACAGCAGCCCUGUGACCCUCUAUGACUGUCAUGGAAUGAAGGGGAACCAGCUCUGGAGAUACCGAAAAGACAAGACUCUCUACCAUCCAGUCAGCAGCAGCUGUAUGGACUGCAGUGAGAGUGAUCGAAAGAUUUUUAUGAAUAGCUGCAAUCCUUCAUCUCCAACACAGCAGUGGAUAUUUGAACACACAAACUCAACCAUCUUGGAAAAAUUUAACAGAAAUCUUGAUCUUUAAAAGACUGAGAAAAUAUAUAUAUAUAUUUUACAAUUAUAGUUUUUACUGGGGAGGGUUACAAAAAAUUUUUUUAAGAAUACUUUUUUUUAAACACUUAAUGAAGGUAAAAGGGAGAAUCUCAGGAGAAGGUUAACGAGCAGGCCAGUCUUUAUUGUGAAGAUGCUGCAUCCUUCUCUUCUGGGGAUGGUGGAAUUUUAAAGGCUUUGCCAGAGCCAAUUCUGUGCUGAGACUGAACAGAAACUCUGUUUUUAGAGGAGUCUGAAUGUGAUUCAAAUGGAUUUUUUUUUCCUUUGUUUUUGUUUUAUUUCCCACCUGGGUCUUGUGUUAAAUGAUUUUGUUAUCCAGGACCCUUCCAGGACUUUUUGUAGCUGCUAUACCACCUGCUGAAGUGUUCCCACAGCUUUAUCUUCCAAACUCCAUAUAAGUAAAAUCCUGACACGAGAUUUAAGCCUCCAAUCAAAAAAAAAAAAAGAAAAAGCCCAUCAGUGGAAAAUGAAAUGCAUAUUUUUUCGCCCUGGACCAAAUAUAUUUCAAACAGGUUGAGCAUUAUUAUUUUCCAAAUCAUAGCUCUGAUGAAGGAAUGAGCUCUAGUGGAAGUGCAGCCAAGUGUUGGGAAUGUGGCUGUAGUUAUUAGCAAUGAGAAAUCUGUCUCUGGUCCAUUCACUUUGCAGUCAGUUUGUCACUCACUGUUGAAUCUUCAAGGUGAAAGAUUAGCAGAGGGUUUUUUAAGUAAGUACAGUUCUUACAGGUGAAGACUUCUGCUAAGAGCCUUUGGAUACCAGGUUCCAAAUUUGUUUCUUAUUCAUAAUCCUUUUAGCACAGACACCUCCAGGGUUUCUCAGAGUUAAAUCUACUACGUGCAGACAACUUCCAUUCACAAUUGGUGUGAGCAGAUUAAUCCAGGAUAAUCAAUUCAGGGCUCAGAUUAGCCAUUGGUCUUUAUCCAUGUGUUCAUCAGUCUGUAAUUUGUUGAGUCCUGUGGUCAGUAGUGUUCUAGGCUUGUGGGAGUGUGCUAUCAAUCUCUCCUCCUGUCCCAACAUCCACGGCACUGUACAGUCUACUGUGACUGAAAAUCUCUUUGCUUAUGCAGAGAUGUGGGAUUGAUGGACCCAUUUUACUGGUACCCUCUCCCUUGUGCAGUCAGUGAGCAGUGCAAGGUGUUAUCCUUCUGUUUUGGCUGUGGGAUCUGCCAGACCAUGAACCAGGAUGGUCUCAUCCCAGGAGCUGGAAUGUACUGACACUAAAUCAUGAAUGGAGUACCAUUGGUUCAAGUCUAUCUGAAGCAAGUAUUAAAAAAAUCCAUGGUUUAAAAUGAAGUUGUUGCAAAAACAGGUUUACUAGUUUAUUAAUUGAAUUAGUCUUGUACUGAAGGCAGCAGUGGCAUUUUCUGGUAAAAUCUGUGAAUGAUGAUGCAGUUAACCUUGUGCACAGAUGCUGCAUAAAACUGAUUCCUUUGCCAGGAAUUGCCCAGCUCCUUGGUUUGUCCAGCUGCCCAUGCAGGAGUGCUGCAAGAGUAGGGAGUGUGCAGCCAGCUCUGGGAGUGAAGGGGAUAGGACCCUUCUGGCACUCUUGGGAAGCUCUGCUCUGGGAUGUCUGUCAUGUGAAGGCAAGGAGAUGUUUGCCUGGGGUCCCAAAGUGAGCAGGCUGGCUCCCUCUGCAGAGCUCCAGAAGAAAGAAGCCCUUUGUGAUGUUGCCAAUUGUAGGAUGGUUGCCCGUGCUUCAGAUGUCUCUGAGGACGGGUAGGGCUGUGUCUGGCAGCUGGGGGCAAACGGACACAACUGUCUGCCCCUUGAGCUCUCUACUGUGAUGUGCUGACUGUGGAUCAAAACCAUUUUCCCCUCUCUCAUCCUCACAGCUGAGGCCAUGUCUGGCCUCUUUUGCCAUCUUACCUGGUCCAUGCAGUCAUGGAGCAUGGGAAACAUUGUGUGCUGCAUUGCAGCUGGGACCAGGCUGCCAAAAUGUGUUGGUGUCUAAUGUUUUGGGAGUGAAGAAAACAAAAAAAGCUCUAGGUUUUCCUUGUGACAGUUCUGCAGCAGUAUUGUAUGGAAGUGAGACCAGCAUCAAGCAGAGUUGACAUCUCAUGUUCUCAGUUACUACAAUAUGUCUGUCAUUAGGAUCCCUUUUCAUUUCCGUGGGAGACAGAGUCACCUUCCAGCGCUUUGUGUCUGGCUGCUGCUUUCCUUAAGUUAUUAAUGCUCUCAUUAGUCUAGUAGUGCUGAGUGUGGAGCACUAGAUGGCCUGACUAGAUGUCUUUAUGAAUGUUUUAAUACCUGUGGAACAAGAAGCUGUUUGUCCACGAACAGUGAUAGUUUUUUUAUAAUUGGGACACAAUCAGCAGAUUCUAUAAAUGGACUGUAGGUUGUUCUGCUUGCAGGUUGCAACUUUGUGUGUCUUAGUUUUCUAAUGAGAGGAAUAGCUUCUGUUUCUAAAAUGCAUGGCUUGCUUUGUACUUGGGCUCACCUUGUGAAGAGAGCCCUGCUUGGCUCACAGGAUGCUUCAGAGAGAACUGCAGUAAUGAACAGGUCUUUUACCACUUGGAGAUCUUAAUUUGGAGAUAAAGGUCAGCUCUGAGUAGUUUGCACCAAAACAUUAGGUAGUAGUUGAGGCAAUUCCUGUUUGACAACCCACCACCAGUACACAGAAACUGGAGCUUUAGUGUGAUUGGUUUUACCAGGUCCUUCUUAGUGUGGUUUAUCUGCUUGCUGAAGGUUUGGGAUCUGAGUGUGAUAAGUGCCUCACAAAUUCUGUACAUUUCUGACUAGCUCGCUGGGCUUUGAACUAUUAAUUUAUUUGCAUCAAUUAUACUUUUCAAUACCCUAGAGGCUUUGCUGACUAAUGCAAAGACUUAAUAUAGCCAACCAUCCACUGAUUGAGAAAUAGAAGUAUUUCAUCAUCUGAAUCUUUAACUGAGCCUUUGCUGGGCAAUCUGGUUAAUUAUUCCAAUUAAUUUUGGUUAUUUGUAAGCAAAAUUGCUAAAGCAUGAAUACAUAAGCAAAUCUUCACAUCUGCAUGUGAGUCAAGACUGGAGAUUAAAUACCGGUGAUUAUCUAAUGGAAAAUAAAUGUUUUCAUAUUUUUUCCCCAAAAAAAGUAUUGAAACACCCCUCUCUUUAUGGCUGCAUAAGUUCUGCUGCUUUUAAGUAUCAGAAUCCGAGACAACAGAGGGAUCCCUGGGUGUGUGUUGUGUUGCAUAAAAUACUUUGAUUUGCUCUUGAAGCUGUUGUUGAUCUCUACUGGUGCUAAUCUCUAAGGCUUACAGACAGUAAAUAGGUUUGGGGCUCUCAUGUGUGCAAGGUAUCUUUUCUCAUACCUGGGAAAUGAACUUUGUUUUCUACACCACAAGAGAAGAAUGUGGGAGCCUUCCUGAAAGGGGAAUACAGCGUCAUUAAAAUAAAGAUGUGCCUUUUUAAAUGUAAAUGUACAGCAAAUGCUUAAACUUGAACCAUUUCCUAGUGCCUUGCUGGACAAGAGAGGAGAGGGGAAGGAGCUGGGAGAUAAGGAUGUAAGAGAAAGCUUGACUUCUGCAGUGGUUGUGUGUGUGUUGUUUUUUUUUAAAAUGUCUGACUUUCAGUGCAAAAUUUGUGUGAAUGACAGUAACUCAGAAGCUCCUGGGUUUCCUCUGUUAAAUCAGUAUCGUUAAUGACUUGGGGAAGGUUAUCACUGCUAAUAGGAAGACUUGGAAAGGAUGGCUGCUUCCUCCUGCUGUGCUGUAGCAACUGGAGCUAGCCUGGAGGGUGUCUUGGGUUAGCUGUUGGAUGUUUCACCUCAUGGUGAAGGCUCAUGAUUUCACUGGCAUGCAGGAUCCUGCAUUUUAUUUUCUAAGUAUGCAAAUCACAAAUAGCCCCAAAAGCUUAUAAAAUCUGUAGCCAGACGUGUCUUUCAGAAAAAGUUGAUGCCUUCCAUCACUGGGAAACUUUUUAAAGGGUAUGUUAACAACUCUAAUACAGAAGUAGCAAGAAAGCAAUUUCUCAUCCUGACUUUCUUCCUGGUUGGUUUUACAGCAGCCUGUGCACAGGGCUUUGCUUUCCUUUACUGGAGAGUUCCAGUCAGCAAACUUUCCUCCUCCCUGCUGCAGUGAGAUCAGGAUGCUGGGAGUCAAACAGGCACCACCAGCAUUGCAAGAGCACGGUGCUCUGGGGCUGCUGCAGGGCUGUCACAGCAGCUCUGCUGGCUCACAUCACCCUGGGGAGAGAUCUCCUAAAAGCCAUACUGGGCAAUCGUGGAACUGCUGGUUGAAAAGGGAGAAGAUUAUAUUUUGUCUUUCAGAGAUAUGGACAGGCACUUGAAUGGUUUUCAGGCUGUCAGCCUGUCAUGCUUCCAGUCAAAAUAGCCCUGGUAAAGCCAUGUGUGAAACAGCCUGGCUCUGCCAGCACAAGCACUGCAUGUGUACCUUGCAUCCCACAUCCACUCCCAGCUCCUGUGGUUCAUGGAUAAACUGUGUGGUUUCACAGGAUACACAGCAAAGGGGAGCUGGCCUGGGAGUCAGGAUCACUGGGUCCUGCUCCCAGGCUACUGUGGCCUGUUACUUGAUCUUAAGCAAGGAAAGUCUGUGUGAUGCAAUUUCCCAGCUUUUGUGGGAUUUACCUUUAAGUGCUUUAUUUCCUGACCUAAUGAGUGUUGAGUCCAGAUUUUAAAUCAAGCUGCAAGUCCUCACCUGGUUGAAGUGGAGAGGAGAGAUGCAAUGGGUGGAGAAUGGGAAAUGAGAUCCGAAAUUUGCAUCAGCAUUCAACACAGACUUGGCAAUUCAUUUCAUAUUCCUCAUUAACCAUUCAGAUUGAUUUAUUCACAUUAUAAAUUUAAAGUGUAACUGAAAUAAACUCACCUCCUGUUCCGAAUUCUCCUUAGUAGUGCCAUGCUUUAGCUUGGAGGUCUGUAUGGAACUAGGCAAUGACAGAUUAUGGAAAACCUAAUAAAAAGCCUAUGACUGUUUCUGACUCUGCUUCUGCUAGCUGAGUACACUCCUUUAUUUGCUGCAUUUUGAGCUUUCUUGUUGCUUCUGUAUGACUCAAAAGACUUCAAUGAUUCCAGCAGAUGUGAGGGAUUUGGGAGUUUUAUAUAAAGCCACUGGAUCUAUGUGGUCUUAAAUAUACUAGUCCAACUCUAGUUGAAAAAAGUCCUAAUCCCAAUUAGUGAGCAAGCAAAUGUGAACUUCAACCACAGAACAAGAUAAAAACUGAUCAAGCUAAUAACCUGAAACCUUAGCCCUUAUGAUAACAACAACAAAUAGCUUUAGCCUCUAGGGUGGAGAAGGGAAUUGGUUUCAAAAUGCAUUCUCCAGGAUCUCGGUGAUUAGGUCUAAGUUUGUCUGUUCCUUGUACUGCAUGCAUUUUCUCUGUAAAACUGGAUGGUGCCUCUUGAAUCAGUGUGUAUUUAUUUUGUGCAUAUUAGGACCAACAGCCUAAUAUCUGGGGGUGGUAAAGGACUUGUAGCACUUUAAUGUAGUAGCUUUCAUAAAUUGGGAAUCAUUGAUAGAAUGCCUAGUGUUUUUAAAGUUGAAUGGACUUCCUUUUAUAAUAUAUUUAAAAUAAAUUUUUAAUGUGUUUUCUGAAAA